UUGUUCUUCGUGUGGAGUGUUGUCCUCGGGAUUGAUUUGUUAUCCUGAGCCUGAGUGUACGAAGAAGAAUUAAAAACUUGCAACUUUUAUUUACUAACAUGACGGUUCGCAACUCAUCUUUGUAUAGUUUAUCAACUGGAGCUCCUAAAAGAAGAUGGGGAGUUGAAUUGGGUGGAGGUGGCCGUAAAGAUCGGAUCAGCGAUGCUCUCCCUUCACCGCCCGGCUACAAUCCCAAUAUGCAGAUAUGUUCUGAAACCCAGAGGUCACCUGACUCCCAGAAAUUGGUGGUUAAGAAGGCUUGGGACCUGGCACUUGGUCCCAUCAAGGGUGUGCCUAUGAAUUUAUUUCUCCUCUACAUGUCUGGCAACAGUAUCAGCAUUUUUCCCAUUAUGAUGGUGGGGAUGAUGCUCAUGAGGCCUUGCAAAGCUCUCUUUGCAACAAAUGCUACUUUCAGUACAUUUGAGGGCACCCAAGCUAUAUUGCAAAAAGCAACCUACUUACUGGGGAACUUGGCUCAGAUUGGACUUGCAUUAUACAAAUGCCAAUCAUUGGGACUGCUACCAACACAUGCAUCGGACUGGUUAGCAUUCCAAGAACCAGCAUCUCAAGUUGAAUUUGUACAUGGAGGCUUUGGCUUAUGGUAGAGCAACACAUUCCUGGCCAUAUGUUGUAGAUAAUAUAAAUGGAUUUCAGUUGCUUCUGGUAAAUAAAGCCUUCACCUUAUUCAGGCUAUUAAUAGCUUAAUAUUUUAGCUCAUAAUUUGAACUGUAAAUGUGAAAAUUACAUUCACUCAAAUGAAAUAAAUUAAACAUUAAUUAAUGGUGAAUCAUCCAUGCUUAAGAACCUGUAUGAGUAUUCACUUGACUUGCGCUCAAAACCUUAAAGUUUCUGCUGAAGCAGUCUGGUUUAUGGUAAUACUGAUAAAGUUGUGCAAAAUCAGAACUUAUAUGCAAAAUUGUUUGUUCAAAAUAUUCAGUGAAAUAUGAUAUCCUGAGAAACAGAAGAUUUAAACUGAUAUUUUGGCAAACUCGUCCCUUACGUCAUCCUAUUGAGAAUGUUGAAAAGACUUGGUAAAAAUCUCCUACUUUCAUCAGUACCUACCUACCCCAUUUUAAUGAUGAAUGAAAUUUUUUACUAAUCAAUAGAAAUGUUGUAAAAUGUCAACAAUAAUUUGGUGACCCUUAUGAGAAUUACGUUAUGAAGUAAUGUAGGUAUUCUGGAUAGAUUAAAUUGGUGUUCUCCAUCUUCACUGGCAAAAACUGCUUCGUUUCCUUGUUCAAAAACACCUUUUUUAUUGCUAAACCUGAAAUGUAUGUGCAUUUGUAUCAAGCUAUGUUGUAAUUUGUUUUAUUUAUGAAUCACUGUAAGCAUAAACUUAGCUAAUGUUGAAGUAUAUUUGCUUAACCCAUAGAAGGAAUGAGAAUUUACCGUUGUACAUGUCUAUAAAUCGGGUAACAAAAUGCAAAUUAUGUGUACGCCUCCCUUUUUCUGUUUUGCUUAUUUUCAAAUAUUUGUUGAAGGUUUCAAUUGUUUUAUGUAUUUGACUCGUUAAAAUACACUAUCCCAAUAUUGGAUUCAUGUCAUUUGCUAAUUAGUAUCUGCUUCUUGUUCAGACAAAAUAAUAUUCAGUGUUUUAUAUAGGUGUAUAUAGGAUGCAAGACCUUUAUUAAGCUGAACUCUCAACCUGGAGAACGACAUGAAUUCUUGCAGUAAGACAUUCGUACAUUACUAGUAUGUAAAACGAAUAGAUUUUAAAUUUUACUCAUGGUACUUCUUUUACAAUCAACCCUAUUUAUUCUGUUGCUUUGUUCGAUGCUAUGAUCUGUUGCUCAGCAUCUAUAUAUACUCUCUUUGGUCGAACUUAACUAGGAAACUAGCCCCUGUUUUUCCUUCUAAAUUCAGUGCUAAACUUAAAUACGUUUUGUUGAUGUUGUUUUGCCACUUAAAAACAUUGACGGUUUGACUCAGUACUUUCUCCGCACUACUCCAUUUUUCUGGCACAUUUUAUGGUAGGUUUUAUAUAAAUACGGUUGGUAA